CUUCACCACUUUCCCAUUAUAGAUCACCACACAUAGAUAUAGGCGCCAGCGGGCACGCGCAUGCGCAAAGCGGGCACCCGCACACGGGCGCGCGCGCGCUAUGGAGUCUGUAACGCAGGAGGUUUGCCCUGACCCUCAUGUCAUGAAUAAUUCAGCAACCGACCCAGGAGCUGAGGCCUACCUAGAAUUUAUGAAGAAACACUGCUGUUACGACGCCAUUCCCACCAGCUGUAAGCUCGUUAUUUUUGACACGGCUCUGCAGGUAAAGAAAGCCUUUUUCGCGUUAGUGGCAAACGGUUUACGAGCAGCACCGCUAUGGGACAGCAAACUGCAGAGAUUUGUGGGUAUGCUGACCAUCACAGACUUCAUCAACAUUCUCCAUCGCUACUAUAAAUCCCCAAUGGUUCAAAUUUAUGAGCUAGAGGAUCACAAGAUUCAGACAUGGAGAGGUGAUUCAUUUCAAAACAUUUACCUGCAGUACUAUAAUCCGAGCCUCAUCAGCAUCACACCUGAAGCGAGCCUUUUCGAUGCCGUUUAUUCCUUACUGAAGCACAAAAUCCACCGUCUGCCUGUCAUCGACCCCGAAUCUGGGAACGUCCUCCACAUUUUAACCCACAAGCGAAUUCUCAAAUUCCUGUAUAUAUUUAGAGCCACGAUCCCAACGCCACAAUUUCUGCAGAGGACAAUUGAAGAAGCGGGAGUCGGGACAUUCAGAGACAUCGCCACCAUACAGGAGACGGCCACCGUGUACGACGCUUUAUCCAUUUUUGUGGAGAGACGAGUAUCUGCUCUGCCUGUGGUGGAUGAAAAUGGUAAGGUAGUGGCUCUUUACUCAAGAUUUGAUGUGAUAAAUCUGGCAGCACAGAAAACCUACAACAACCUGAGCAUGAGCAUGAAGGAGGCGUUGAGGAGACGGCGCUGUUUCGCCGAGGGAGUUAUUAAGUGUUAUCCUGACGAAACGUUGGAGACUGCUGUCGACAGAAUCGCUAAUGCAGAGCCAGUUUGAUAACAUGACAAUAUCCAAAAACUGACCAAAUUUACAUAAUAUGUUCAUAAUUAUAUAAAUUAUAAUAGCAGGAUUAGUCCGUAUUAACACAUUUAGGUUGAAAAUACAGCUAUUAAAUCCUUCUCUUGGUACAGUUCUGCCUUCAACCUUUGAGAGGCGGAGCUUAAAGGCUAGCACGCAUUUUUUCCGUAGGAGCUUCGCAUGUUAACAUCGGAGUUAUAACGUAUGAGUUAACACUCGGAAAUACGCCAGAAGAAUCUAUUUCUUCCCCAAUAAAAACGUUAGAUGUUUUGAAAUCUCGUAUAUGAACUGACCAGAUGGAAGCCCCGCCCCCUUUAUUGCUUGACUAACCUCGACACUACGUCAUUUUCUAGUGUUUUUAAGCUUUAAUGUUAUCAACAAGCUAGCCAGCUGACUGCGUUACAGCUUUAACAAGCGAAUAUUUUUGUACGUUGAGUGAUAUCAUCUAAAGCAAAUACUCACAGUACAUAUACAGUAUAAUUCAUUCCAAAUGAAAGAAGUGCUACUUUGUUUGCUGUGAGCGGCCAUUUUGAUUUUGAACUCGGAGUUGAGGUAGAAUAAUAUUUCGUCUCGACAUGAGACGUCGCGUCCUUCGCUUUCUGUCACGGUAAAUAACGAAUGUUUGGAGUUCGUUAAUGCGAAAUAAAAUCUAUCAAAGUAGGUUAACCUUAGCUAACAUUAGACACGUAUAUAGUUAACUUCAGCUAGCUAGAUUUAUUAAAGACGUCACGGAAGUUUAAUAAAUAAGAUUACACUUAAAUAAACAAACAAACAAAUAAAUAAAUAAGAACUUUAAACGUAAGAUUAAACAGGUUUACAACGUUUUCGUAAACACUUUCUGAUUAACUGUACGAAUUUUACGUAACUUUCUUUUUUAGAAUAGGUAGAAAGAAAGUGUUAGGGUUAGCGACGGUGUGUUAAAUGUGCUGCUGUCUGUCCUCGU